AUGAUGACAGCAGAACGGAAGAGUGUAUAUGACAGCAUAAUGCAAUCGGUGUUGUUUGAUAGUGGCAGAUUUUACUUUUUGUAUGGAUAUGGAGGAACUGGCAAAACUUUUGUCUGGAAUACAUUAUCUGCAGCCAUCCGUUCAAUGGGUAUGAUUGUUCUGAAUGUUGCUUCAAGUGAUAUUGCUUCUUUGUUGUUGCCGGGUGGUAGAACAACACAUUCCACAUUUUGCAUUCCAUUGCAAACCGAUGAAACAGCUACUUGCAACAUCAAACAAGAUAGUUUAAGGGCAAAUUUACUGAUCUGUGCCAAAUUCAUCAUCUGGGAUGAAGCUCCUAUGUUAAAUAAGAAUUGUUUUGAGGCACUUGGUAGAACUUUGCGCGAUAUCAUGAGACAGGAAGAUGAAAGAAACAUGGACAAACCAUUUGGCGGUAAGGUUGUAGUUCUUGGUGGUGACUUCAGACAAAUUCUUCCAGUUAUUCCAAAAGGUGGAAGGCAAGACAUUGUAUCUGCUACAGUAAAUUCUUCUGAUCUUUGGAAAUACUGUAAUACAACAGAGUACUUAAGCUCAGAUAACACUUGCAAAUCUGACGAGGACACUGAACUGCAAUCAGAGUGGUUUACUACAGAAUUCUUAAAUGAUAUUACAUGCUCAGGAAUACCAAAUCAAAAAAUUAUAUUGAAGGAAGGUGCUCCGAUAAUGCUAUUGAGAAAUAUAGAUCAAGCAGCCAGUUUAUGCAUUGGAACGCGGCUAAUAGUGGCUGAUCUUGGAACAAAUGUUAUAAAGGCCACUGUAAUAACAUGA